AUGAACAGCUACAGGAAACACUCCUUGUCGUUCUACGUCCUGGACACUGCGGCAUGCGGGGGGGACUUUUCCACCCUGUGGAGGGACCUGGAGUUCGCCCCCACAGAGGACAUCAUAAUAAUAAGCAUAAAGAAUGACUCCAGGCGGGACAGCCACCUUAGGAUGGCCAUAAAAGCAAAGUUAGAACAGCUCUCACGUCGAAAUGGUCAGAAGAUGUUGUGCGAUCCGCAAGACCAGUACGAACUGGUGGAUCCAAACUUCCAAUUCGAGGGAAACUCAUUUAUUCUUUUUGUUAGGGGAGAGCUGCGUAACGACAUCCGGCAGGUAUUCUGCAAAAGUGUUAAACUACGCGUGAGGAGGUCUUAUGGGAAGAGCUACAGAAUGAUUAUGAGGCGUUACUUCGAUCAUUCCAUAAUGGGUAGGCUUCCACUUGGGGGGGACAACCCUGAACAAGUGGGGAUGACAAAACGGGUGGCGAAGCGGAUGGCCAAGCAGAUGACCAAGCAGAAUGGACCGAGUCAGGUGAAGGAUUGUCCCCCCCGCAGACGCACCCGGUGCCGCAGUGAAGGUACCAAUCCGUAUGCCAAGGUCGACGUGGAUGAGAACACAGAGAAGUACAAGAAACGGCACGAUGAGAACGUUGUCAUAUGUAUCACGUUUACGUUUAAAGGAGUCACCCUCUGCGUUUGUCUUUCCAACUUCGAUUUGGAAAAGCAUGUAGAAGGGUACAAGUACUACAGGUGUUUGCUCAGCCAAGGGAAGUGGUUUGGCGGUGGCGAAAAUAGACCCGACAUCGGUUCGAUGCAACGCGGUUGCCGCCCAGCCGAUCGACGAAGUAACUACGCGGAAGUGUUUCUGGAGAACUACCGUCUGUACUGCAAGCAGAUGUAUAACCACUUCACAAACAGCAUAGCCUUCGAGACAGACAAGGAAGACCUCCACUUGUUUGGCAUGGAUAUCGCAGUCCUACAAUGUUUCAAUCAGUUGGUUCUUUUUAACCACUUAGGGGAGAGUAACCUACAGAAUGACUCCCUCAUUUGGGGAAACAACGUUGCCAUUUUGAAUAAAAGUGAAAAAAACAUGUUGCAGAAAAGGUCCUAUUUUACCUUAACAUGUUCAGGUAAAAAUGGUGAAUUAAUUCCCUUUGGCUUUAAAUUUUGCUGCGAUUUGUUUUCCCAAAUGGAGAUUAGCAUUGUGGAUGAUUUUUUUUUGUCGCAAGUUGGGGAGGCCAAUCGGGGGGGAGGACAAGUGCACAUUGGGGUGAAGCCGGAGGUUCUGGAGUUGGGUUCCGUGUACACGUAUCAGGUGUGUCAGUCGAGCUUCCAGUUGGAUUAUGUGCAUGCAGGGGGGGGUAGCGGGCAGGAUUACGAAAAUGGGGGACACCUCUCCUUUUCGAUUCUAUGCUUCGAUCCAAAGAGUCAAUCCACUAUCCCAAUCAACCUCUACUCGUACCUCCACUUGAAAAAGAACUCCAUUUUCAAGUACCUGGAGGAGAACGUCCGUUUUGGGGGUAGCCAUUCCAGCGGAAAGCGAAAGGAAUGUUGCCCCACACGUGAAAGGCAACAAAACAAGGUUGACCUGUUAAGGCACGUUUACGUGUAUCCACACAAAGGGAUUGUAAGGCAAAACGAGGAGAAGAAAAUAAAGCUUAACAUAUACGUGGACCACAUGCUAAAAACAGAUCAAGUUGUAGAGGGCUCCUUCCUUCUAAUCGUUCGUUUUCACAAAUGUGGGAAGGACAUUAAACAGAUCUUUAUUACGUGCAGGUACUCCCUGCGGGAUAACGUUGUAAGUGCACUUCUUCGGGAGAACCGCCCGUUGGGGAGAACACCCUGGAGUAAUCGCCCCGAAAUUAAGGGAAAAAGCAAACACAGUAGGACCACCCCGGUGAAGACAAAUAUGAGCUUACACAGUAGGUAUAAACGAAACGACCUGUCCAAUUGCAAACGUAGGAAAUGCUUGGAGGAGGAAAAAGGCAGACCCUUCCUUCCAGUGAACAUUACCAAAUUCGUUUUGUAUUCCUUCUUUGCGAUUGAUCAGUACGAAAGGGGGUUACUCAGCGGGCAUGCAACGGUUGAUGUGCUUCCUGGGCGGGAGAACCCCCCUCUGGGGGCAGAUCAACCGUUUUAUGCGCUAACCCUGUCCAACCUACACACGGACCACCUGGUGUACUGCUUCAGCCCCACCUCCUCCCUCCAGGAAGAAGACAAAAAAAAAGUUCACUGUAACCUGAAUUAUUAUUGGAGGAAACAUUUUUUUUGUGUUCAGUACCCACAGGACAGUUACAUCGACGAGAAUUUUUUCCUCCAAAGUCGUAUCAUGCAGGGUAAUGUGAAAAGGCAAAGUCAGGAUGACAUACCGCUGGAGGUUCAUUACUUAGUGGGGCAAAUACGAAAAAAUGGAAAAGUGGACAGACUCAUCCGUGUGGGCACCAUUCUGCUACUGUGGGAGGAACUCUUCCGGGUGUUAACCCCUCCAUUGGGAACCUUCGCAAAAGUCACCCAAAUGGUUAGACGCAUUUACAAGCAUCCCAGGUUAAAGCAACAAAGAAAAAUGCACUUAAUAUUUCGCACCAUUGUGAAGAAAUCUCCGUCUGUUUUGUACAAAAAUAUUUUUCUGAUCCUCCUAUCCUUCCUGAAGAAGCUUUUUUUUUACUUCGUCCGUGUGUGUUUGCACGAUUUUGUAAUCUCCAUGGGGGGGGCACAGAUCCAACGGGGAGAAAUGAGCGGUGGUCCCUUUGGUAAGUAUUCCCCGUUUGGUCCGUCUACCCAGGUGGAACCGCCACCCCCCUUUCCGCUUUUCCUGCGUGCCUUCCACUUCUUUCACGUCUCCUUCCUCAGCUAUGUCACCACCUUCUUCCUGAGUUUUCUAGACCACCAAAUCGGCCUCGACUUGGCGCACUACCUACUAUUCCACGUGUAA